AUGACCAAGAGCAGCACACUUUCCAUUUAUCUUGCUGUAAGAAAUGUAUUUUCUUCACAAAUUGUCCUUGGGGUCACAGCCAACGUCUUCCUCCUCCUCUUCUACAUCUUCAUGUUCCUUGUCCAGGGCAGGACCAGGCCCACAGACAUGGCCAUCGCUCACCUGGGCCUGAUUCAUCUGCUGAUGCUCAUAAUCAGGGUGUUCCUGGAUAUAGACAUUUUGGGGGUUCAGGAUAUUUGGAAUGACAUCACAUGUAAAGCCAUCAUCUACCUGUACAGGCUGAUGAGGAGCCUGUCAGUCAGCACCACCUGCCAGCUGAGUGUCCUGCAGGCCACCACCCUCAGCCCCAGAAGUUCAAGCACAUGUCCCCACAGCAGAGUCUGCGGAAUACUCUGGGACAUCUUCCUUCUCGGGCUCAUGGCCCUCUCCAGUGGGUACAUGGUGGCUCUCCUGUGGAGGCAUAAGAGGCAGUGCCAGCACCUCCACACCACUAGCAGGAUUCCACAAGCCUCCCCAGAGCAGAGGGCCACUAGGACCAUCCUGCUCCUCAUGGGUUCCUUUGUGGUCAUGUACUAUUUGGACUGCGUGAUCUCCUCCUCUUAUGGUAAAAUGCAGAAGGAGGAUUUGGUUCGCCUUGUGUUCCAGAUGCUGGUGGGCAAUGGCUAUACCACCGUCAGUGCUUUGAUGCUGAUUAGUACAGGAAAAACGAAUAAUCCACUUCUUCCAAUCCACACCAGGGAGGACGAGGACAUGUUUAUGCACGACCAGAUAACCUCUCACUGUGUAAUUACACGUUAUUUCCACCUGAGUUUCCAAAAAUUAGUUGAUGUUGGAAAAAAUAAAAACCUAAAGGAGGAUGAGGGAGAUGAAACUUGUGUUGUUCUUUGUAAGAUCUUUAUCACACCAG